AUGAGUUGUACGUCCCCAAGCGUAGUGUUGCGGUUCACCUUAUUAUCAUUGACGUUUUUUGUGUCGUGCGCCUUUAUAGCCAGUGUGGUGUGGCUGUUACGCACUAACAGUUCCAGCGGCCAAUAUGAGAAUUAUUACUUGUCGAGAAUUAAUAUAAGCUUAAGGACGGAGGGCGACAAUAAUUCUGCGCCACCGCCUCCAGACCAUUACAAAGACUUGAUUAAAAUAGAGAUUGCGAUGAGGCGCGUUGAAGAGAAUAGUAGAAGACUCAAAGAGUAUACAAAGUCAUUGUUAUGGGAUAAUAAAGAUAAGUCAUUGUGGUGUGUUUUAUUCAAAGACAGUGAUCGAAUGGAAGCACCGUCUCAGGUGAAAAAUAGGCAUUCAAUGGAUGAGGAUUACAUCCGUAUACUAAGGAAACAGAAAAUGAGAGAAUCUGUUAUACAUCUCAGGCAUCACGGGAUACACCAUAGGCGACAUCCAGAUGCAAUGCCGAUGCCGUAUAUUAAAUAA